AUGAUCGCAAAUUAUGAAAACGAAGAACAAAUCAAGAAAGAGCGCAAAAAACUGAUUGAAGAAAACAAAGUCCUUUUUGUACCAUCGAUUUCAUCACUUGUUUUGGUGGAAAAUGCUUCAGAAAAUGAAAAGAUCAUCGAAAUAUACAAAGAAAAACUGGUCAAAUUACGGGAGUCUUCUCAGAACAUCGAAAAUGUCAUUAUUCUAACACAGACAAGUCUUUUACGAUUGCUUGAAAUUCCCAAAAAAGUGGAAGCGGUGGCAAAAGAACAAAUGGCUGAGAAGCAAAAAUCAAGUUCAGAAGGAUUAAAGACACACAGAGGAUACAUCAAAUGGUUCAACCAAGAACGUGGUUUCGGAUUUAUUGUUCAAGAUGGUGAUUGUUCCGAAGUUUACAUGAAGAAAACGAGCGUUGAACAAAUUGGUAAGAUGCUUAUGCUCAAGAAUGGUGAAAGAGUCGAAUACAACGUGCGACCUGGGCACAAAGGUAUGGAAGCGAUCGCAAUCUCUGCUCCAGAAAAAGAGACUCUGACAGAAGCACAAGCCAAAAAAAGAAGAAAAAGAAGGUUGAAAAGAAUUGAAAAGGCGAAAAAAGAGACGGCUGAUUUGAAGAAAUUCGGGAGUUUUUACAAUGCAAACAAGUCAAAAUCGAAGUCAACGAAUGAGUUGUGCACUUUUCCUGUUAUCGCCAAGCAGUUCAAAGAGUGUCAAUAUUAA